AUGCUGAGAAGGAUAACUCGGCUGUCAUCACGUGUUGUUGUAUCUAGAUGUUAUGCACGGUCGACAGAUGAGUUUCGAUUGAAUGAGUAUUCGGAAAAGUACCUUGGACAUAGGAAGGUAAGUGAUGUUUUAAUAACUGUACUAGUUAGGUUAUAGUAUUUGUUAGUUUAUUAAGAUCCUGUUUUUUAAAUUCGACUUUAACAAUGUACUUAAUUAAGGCCAGAUUCACAGAAACCUUGGAAUUCAUAGAUUCCACGAAGCACGAUGCCGUGCCGAUCUACAGAAUCACGGAUACAGAUGGUGAGUUCUUGGAUGCCAACCAAGAUCCAGGUUUUUCUGAACAAGAAGCUACGAAAAUGUACAAAGACAUGGUAACAUUGAACACAAUGGAUAAGAUUCUGUACGAUUCUCAAAGACAAGGUCGUAUCUCAUUCUACAUGACUAACUUUGGUGAAGAAGUGAGUUUAGGAAGCUUGGCUGUUAAUGUUUUAUGUCGAGUUUAAACUAUUAUUAUACUGUAGUUUCCUUAACGACAAGAACGAGUCGUUUUAUAUAUUUAUCUUUAGGUAUAAAAUGUUAACGCUUGUCAUGUUUGCUUAUAAAACAUUGUUUUAUGCAAAUUUCUUCAUUCCAGGCAUCACACAUUGGUUCAGCAGCAGCCCUACGUCCAGACGACCUGGUAUACGGUCAAUAUCGUGAAGCCGGUGUCCUACUGUACCGUGGAUUCCCUCUAGAUCAGUUUAUGAAUCAAUGUUACGGUAACGACAAAGACAUUGGUAAGGGACGUCAGAUGCCAGUACAUUAUGGAUCGAAGGACCUCAACUUUGUCACUAUCAGCUCACCCUUAACCACUCAAUUGCCUCAGGCUGUCGGCAGUGCAUAUUCAUUUAAACGAGAUGGAUCUGGUCGAGUUGUCGUAUGUUACUUUGGCGAUGGUGCUGCAUCGGAAGGCGACGCUCAUGCUGCUUUCAACUUUGCUGCUACUUUGGUGGGUAUAUUGGUUUUGUUUUGAGUUUACAUUUGUAAAAGUAUAUUGGGAAUAGGAAGGUUUAUAUUAGUAAAUUAAAGGUAAAAUACGAAAAAAGUAGAUUUUGUGGAUUUUUUAAACAUUGCUUGGCCAAAACAGGAUAUUACGAUAAGGCCCUAAAAAUGAUAAUGCUGCAUUUCAGAAGUGUCCAAUCAUAUUCUUCUGUCGUAAUAACGGGUACGCUAUCUCAACACCAACUACUGAGCAAUAUGCUGGAGAUGGUAUCGCUGGCAAAGGCCCUGGCUACGGAUUGUUGACGAUAAGGUAGUUUUUGACAAGACAACGUAAUCAUUGGAAGCUAUUUUAAACUCGAAAUUAUUUAAAAAGUUUUGUUAUUUAGCACAUUUUUUUUUAAAUUGGGCGUAUCGUUAAAAGUUAUAAGAUGUAUAGAAGUCUUUUGAUCUAUUACAAAUUGUUUCACUAAAUUCAGUUUAAAAAUAUUUUUUACUUUCAGAAUUGAUGGAAACGACCCAUUCGCAGUCUACAAUGCUACACGAAAAGCUCGUGAAGCUGCGGCCAAGAGUGAGCCAGUUUUAAUUGAAGCCAUGACUUAUCGCAUCGGUCAUCACUCAACUUCAGAUGACUCCACAGCUUACAGAAGUGCAGAUGAAGUUCAACAAUGGACCGAGAAAGACUUCCCAAUCGUUAGGUUCAGGAAAUAUCUGGAGAAGAAGGGAUGGUGGAGUGAGGAAAAAGAUCAGGAGUACCUCAAACAGGUAAUUAGGUAUUUAUAGAUGUUGAAUAAUUUAAUAUGUAGUGUAGGGGAAACCAUGUCUUAUUAGUAAAGUAAGGUGUAAAUUGUACUGUAUGGUAGCAAAUACCAUGAAUGACUAAUGUGUAACGUUAUAAGGCGAAAAGUUUGAGAAUAUUUGAGAAUCAUGUUGUUUUAGGUCAGAAAAGACGUGCUAAAAUCGUUCGCCGCGGCGGAAAAAGUGAAAAAGCCACCAAUCGAUGUGAUGUUCAGCGACGUAUACAAAGAAGUACCAAAACACUUACAGAAACAGCACGAAGAACUAAAACAACAUCUUGCCGAGUAUGGAGAACAUUAUCCCUUGGGCACUUUCAAGUCAAAGUAG